AUGAAGCAGUUUGUGGCUGAAAUCGUGAGCAUGGGUACUCUGAAGCACAAGAAUAUGGUUCCACUUCUUGGGUACUGUAGAAGAAAAGGUGAGUUACUUCUAGUAUCUGAAUACAUGCCCAAUGGUAGUCUUGACCAAUACUUGUUCUACGACGAUAAACCUCCCUUUUCAUGGCGUCGGAGACUUAUAAUCAUCAAGGAUAUAGCUUCAGCUUUAAAUUACAUGCAUACAGGAGCUCCUCAAGUUGUUCUCCACCGGGAUAUCAAGGCUUCUAAUGUUAUGUUAGACGCUGAAUAUAACGGAAGGUUAGGGGACUUUGGUAUGGCGAGGUUCCAUGAUCAUGGAGCAGACCCUGCUACAACUGCCGCUGUGGGAACCAUUGGCUACAUGGCACCGGAGCUUGUUACCAUGGGAGCUUCCACUGCAACCGACGUUUUUGGCUUUGGUGCCUUAGUACUUGAAGUUACAUGUGGGAGGAGACCCGUUGAGCCUGCGUUGCCAGAGGAAAGAAGGUCUUUGGUUAAGUGGGUCUGCCAAUGCUGGAAGAUGGCUUCUUUGCUCGGAGCUAGAGAUCCGAGAAUGAGAGGUGAAAUCUCAGCUGAGGAAGUGGAAAUGGUAUUGAAAAUUGGAUUGAUUUGCAUGAAUGCUGUGGCGGAACUGAGACCUUCGAUGGAAGAAGUGAUGCAAUACUUAAAUGGAAGCCUAAAGCUGCCUGAUAUCACCCCACAUUCUCCUGGAAUAGGGUCCUUUGUACCACUGAUUAUGGGAUCAUACCCGCUCCCUGCCUCCCCUACUACGGAGACCUUGUCAGCAUCCCUUUACUCUUCUUCCUCAGCCAACGACUCUACAUUUGUCACUCACUCCAUUGUCUAUGGGCACGGACGGUAG